GAGGUGCAGACUCAAAGUGCUGGAUCUCCGGUUUAUGCCUUUGAGGAUGUGGGAUCGGUGGUCUGUGUUCAAGGCUCCUGACUGCCGUGAGAACCAAGCAGUGGUGGGUCUUUCAGAAACGGAGGUGAAACUGCAGGUGAAGGUGGUUAUAGACCUGGUCCUGCAGGAACGCCCAUUAGAGUCCUUGGAGUCCUUUGUCAUUGCGUGGGUGGCUUGGAGAGAAGGUCUAUAUCUGUGCUGUAACAAGCUAGAGGUCUGGUCCAUGGCCACUUAUUACCAUAAAGAUGUCCUGGAGACAUUGGACCUGAACUCUGUUCAGGAACUGCGUUUGUAUUACAUGAAUGAUCUUACCUGCUUGCUUAACUUCUGCCCUUACCUGGGUCGUAUGAGGUACCUGCGCAAUCUCCUCCUCUCCUGCUUCUGGCUGCUUGCCUAUAUCACGCCAGUGGAGAAGCAGCUGUUCCUCACCCACUUCGCCUCGCAGUUUCUCAAACUGAAGCACCUCCAGCGCCUGCAUCUGCAUCAAGUCUUCUUCCCAGAGGAUCCCCUGGAGGAGCUCUUCUGGUGGCUAAAGACGCCCUUAGAGAACCUGUAUCUGACUGACUGUUGGCUAUCAAAAUCAGCCCGCCAAAUAUCAGAAUUCCCGUGCACAAGCCAGCUAAAACAUCUGAGUUUGAAAAGGGUCCAACUGACUCAUUUUAGCCAAGAGCCCCUGCAAACUGUGCUGCGAAAAUCUGCAUCUACUUUGCUAUCUCUGGACUUGGAGAACUGCCAUUUGUUGGACUGCCACCUCAGUGCCAUCCUGUCCUCCCUGAGGUGCUGUACCCAGCUUAUGUGGUUUAAUAUCUGUGGAAACCAUUUUUCGGGGAAUUUCUUGAGGGAGUUGAGAGACCAUGAGAUAACCUUGAGAUCAGAAGGGUCAAGGGUAGUCACCAUCCCUGGGUGUGAUGAUCUGCCACCAGAACUUUGA